AUGGCCGUUGGAUUGACGCUGUACGACGUCCUUGGGGUCACACCAGAUGCAACAACAGAAGAUGCAACCAGUGUUCUUGCAUCGUCUCCCCUUUUAGUGAGAAAGGCGUACAAACUGAAAGCCCUCGAAACGCAUCCCGACAAACUGGAGCCAACUGCUACAGAGCGCCAGAGACGCGCCGCCGAGGGGAAGUUCAGAAAUGUCUGUGACGCGUUCGAGGUAUUAAGCGAUCCCAUCAAACGCAAGGCCUAUGAUGAACGUAUAACUCGUGCUACAAUAAACCUGAAAAUGUGGGACGGAGAACGCGAGAGACGGAAUCAAGAACGCGAAACUUGGGCUCGCCAACUACGCGAACAAAGCGAGGCUCGCAUAAAGGCGCGACAGGAUUGGUAUGACAGCCUCCAAAAGGCCAAAGAGGAAAAGGCAAGACACGAGGCGAUGGUCGAACAAUUCUAUCAGGAACUUCGCGACAGAAAUCCAGAAUGGGAGAUCCGGAGGCAAGAGGUCCUCAAGCGCAAGGCACUUCUGCGAGAGAAAACGAAAUCCUCCAAGUGAUAGCUUCACGCCCCGAGAUUCAGCGGUAUUUAUUUCCAAAUUCUGGAGUUUAAUAUUCGUCCUUUGUUGUAUUUUUUGUUACCAAUACCCCGUUCAUAUUGUUUUGGCCUUCAGAGUCUUUGACCACCUUCCUUCUUGCACGUGUACAUAGCUGUGGACAAGCCGUGGACGUUAAAUCGGGUAUGUACCGAGCCCUCACUGUACAGUACGCUUUGCCAGGACCGUC